AUUAAUCUGAUAAAAAUAAUUGUAACUGAAAAACGCUCUCCAUACAGGAGACAUGCCGCUACAGUAACGGGUGGUGGUCUUAUGGCCACUACUUCUCUGUCCGGUGGUGGAAAACCACCAGACCUAUCCCAAAAGAUGCGCAUUGAUAAGGCGAACACAACCCAAUAAGUUUCACUCCAAAAUUCCAAAGGAGCUGUUACAGAUCUCAAAAAUACCGACGCGUUUACUGUAGCAAAUACUCGCUUGGGCAUAUCUGAAAUUUCCCAGCUUGAUUCUGCGUCAAACCUGCCAAAUUUACUAGCUACAUACGCUACUCUUCCGGAAACAAAACAAACUGGACAGAACGUUGCAAAAAUCGAGCUAAAAUAAGUGAUUUAUGUUCAUGGUGAAGCAACGAUCAAGUUCUCAAUGGAGGAGAUAAACCAAUUCACAAAAGAGGAAGGAUUACACCAAGCCUCGGUGAUUAAAUUCUCUUAUGAUCCAUAUGAUAUGCAGCAGCUUCGCAAACUACUGCCCAUACAGUUUAGAACUCAAGGUCGAUGCAUCAUCGGAUGGCUUGCCAGAAGACAUGUAUUGGUCAGGUUUGAUCGUUAUGAUGAUUAUGUUUUAACAGCAGCAAAAUCUAUUAAUUAUCUACUGAUUAAUGGCAUAUGGAAUAUCAGUUUAGAAUAUUUCCUUGGACAAUAGGAUUUAACCCUGUAGAAGAGACGUCAAGAGCUUUUGUUUGGAUAUCGUUUCUGAGUCUGCCGCCUAUUCUUUUUGCAAAGAAAUCUCUGAUGUUUAUUGCCUCAGCAGCGGGUAAACCUAUUGCAAUUGAUAAAGCAACACAAGAGAAAUCCAGACCGAGCACAGCUAGGGUGAAAGUCGAGCUUGAUUUAUUGGGAAAUCUGCCGCAACACUUGAAGGUUCAAUUAGUGGAUGAAAAAACUGGAAAGAUUAUUGAGCAUGUACCGAAAUUUGUAUAUGAUAAUUUGCCUCGAUACUGCACGUUUUGUAAGCAUCAAGGUCAUGACGAGGAUGAUUGUCGAUCAAUUGUAGGGAACCAUGAUGUUAAAUCACAAGAAGAUGCUGAAAGAAUUUGCACAGGUAUUGAAAAAUAUCGAGGUGAUGCGAGACAACUGUUGGAUGCUAAAAAUUUACAAAAGGAUGCUUCUGGAAAAGGACUGGCAUCAAUAGAAAAAUCUAAUGUUGUUGGUCAAGGCUCAGAUGCAACUAAAGACAAACAUACAUCAGCUGAUUCUGGCAUUGUUACAGUUCCAGUUACGACAGCUCUUGCGAGAGUUUCUCAGGAUUUGAGGGCUACUAAUGCUCAUGUUGUUCAUGGAGUUUCAACGAGGGAUAAGGAAGCUAAAGGUGUUGAGGAAAAAACUACUAAAGUUGCGCAUCAACUUGAGAAGGAACAGGGGCUGACUAACUUUAAACAUAUGCCUGAUGCAUUUGAUGCACGUGCAGAACUAGCUGAAAAACAUUCACGUUUUAUAGCUACUGUUAUGCAUGAUGAGAUGCAAGAAAUGGAAGGAGUUUAUGCUUUGGAUUAUGUGACUGGUACAGGUGAUAACAAAGUGCUUGAACAAGCUAAGAACUCUCCAAAAUCUUCAACUGAUCAGGCCAUUUCUGGGCACGCUAGUGAAGUGCAAAUUAAUAUUUGUGAAAUGCGUGAAGCUGGAAAACAGACAUCUCAUGGUGAGGUGAAGUUGAAUGAGGUUGAUGUUAUGAGUGCUGAAAAAAAUUUUAAACAUCAUAACCAGGUUACUAAGGGAGCAGAAGCUUUAGAAACAGGGGAACGAGUUAAAAAAACCUGCUGCUAUUGAUGCUGGUAUACGACCUGGUGGUUUGGAGGCUGCAACUGUGAAUGUGGAGGAUCUAGACCACAUUUCCACUUCGUCUAAUGAUGCAGCACAAGUGAAUGCAGCACGACUUGAUUGAACAAUGGUGGUGAGAUCACCUACAAGGCAAAAUGCAUCUUCAAAAGCGAUGAAACGGCAACAGUUUUUAAGUGCUACAUAUGUUCGACGGAAUCAGCAGCAAGCAGUGACGCAACGAUCACCUAAAAAUAGGAGAUCUCCAGACGUGCAAGACCAGGUCAUAACACCAAAGCAUAUUGAGUUUUCUAACUCCUUUGAUGCAUUGCUCAAUGAGCAUGAUCAUGUUUUGGAAAAUUCAACGGAUGCCGUCAGAACUGGUGUUGUUCCAUCAGAUGUAGGUGCACAAUCUGCUUCACAAUCUACUAAACCUAAUGAACUGCUGGAACAGGUAGAAAUCACUAGUAGCAAGAAAGGAGUGGAUGGGAAUAGAGAGGAAGGUUGUGGUUCUGUAACACGCAAAAAGAAGGAAACAUCUGGAAUUAAAUCUCCAGAUCAAGAUGCAGAGAAGAGUUCAAAAAAUGAGAAUGGGCAGAUUGUGGUAGUUGCGGAUGAGUGCAAAGUUUCCAGGAACUCUAUUGCACCUACUAAUGUAAAUCUUACUGCAAUUGGAGCUGAAAUUUUGGAAGGCUUGAAUCCAUUGCAAGUUCUGCCUGGGUUUUUGUCUAAUCCAACGAAGGGAAUGUCUCUUGCUGAGGUGAAGGAAAAUAAUGGCAUGACAGGGGUCGGAUUGAAUACAUCCCAACAUGAUAUCCCUUCCAAUGAUUUGUUUGAUCAAUCUGGCAACAUGUUACAAGUUUCAAACAACCAACAAACUUUAUCCAUGAUGUCGUCGGCAACAAAAAAGGGAGGGGCUGACCACACAAGAGAAGAACAUGAAGACACGAUGAGUGAAGCCGAACUAAGUGAUGAACCUGUCCAAAUUUUAAACGAGCUAUAAGAGGAAAUUAGCUAUAAGCUUAAGUCAUGGGCUGACCAAGUAGAAGAAUAUGGAGAAGGUGAAGAAUAUUAUGGUGUUGAUUCUCAGGAACAAAACACUCAACAAACAGGUUCGUCAACAAUACGAGGGGAUAACGCAAAGGAAGGAGUAGUAACUGUGUUUGAGCAGGUUGCUAGUACUUCACCAAGUAGCUAGUACGAGUGGAGUAGCUGCACAAUAUAGCUUGACUCCGACAAACAUCCUCCGAGCUCUGGUAACUCAUGACAUGGAUACCUUAAAGGCUCUUGACAAUCCGAGGACCGAAAGAGGAGCUCUAGUACCCUCACACAAUCCUAUUGACGCUUUUGGGGUGGAAAUGGGUCGCGAUUGGUAUGAAGAAGGGGAAGAGGAAGAACUACUAGAUGCUUGCUUUAAAUAUAUAGCUAGGGAGGGAGACCUAUCAUCGAGGCAAAUGAGAAAUGGAUUAAAAAAAAAAAAAAAAAGAAGUGG